GCCUGUGUGAGUGACGUUUAUGGUCCUGGUAAAUAGUAGCAGAGUGAGACCUCUGACUUUGUUUCUGCUAAGGGGCAGCUAACCCAGAGUCUGACAGGGUGACAACUUUUGUUUUAUUUCCCUCUUAUAACCUGUCAGUCUGCAAGCAGCACCAUGUUUGCCGUCAGAAACGCUCUCCGCCUCGGCUCCAGGCUGUCCAUCCCCACGGUGGCGAGGAGAGGAUGCGCCGGGGCUGCCAUCCCAGUGGACGACGUGGUGAAUGGACUCACCGAGGACCAGAUACAGCUCAGACAGACGAUUCGUAAGUUCUGUGCAGAGAAGCUUGCGCCUUACGCUGACGAGAUUGACAAGACAAAUGAAUUCCCAGGAAUGCGGACUUUUUGGAAAGAAAUGGGGGAGAUGGGAUUCCUUGGGAUGACUGCUCCAGAGGAGUAUGGGGGCACAGGAUUGGGCUACCUUGACCAUGUCAUUGUAAUGGAGGAAAUGUCACGGGUGUCUGCAGCCAUUGCUCUCAGUUACGGCGCCCACUCUAACCUAUGCGUCAACCAGAUGGUACGCCACGGCAACGAAAAACAGAAGGAGAAGUACUUGCCAAAGUUGAUGACAGGAGAGCACGUAGGAGCCCUGGCCAUGAGUGAACCCAAUGCUGGCUCUGAUGUCGUAUCAAUGAAACUCAGAGCCAAGAAGGAAGGUGACCACUAUGUUCUGAAUGGCAACAAGUUCUGGAUCACAAACGGGCCAGACGCAGAUGUCCUUAUAGUUUAUGCAAAGACAGACCCAGAGGCCCAUCAGAGAGGCAUCACAGCUUUCAUUGUCGAAAAGGGCAUGCCUGGAUUCUCUACAGCACAGAAGCUCGACAAACUGGGCAUGAGGGGCUCCAACACCUGCGAGCUGAUCUUUGAAGACUGCAAAAUCCCAGCUGAGAAUGUCCUUGGUCCAUUGAACAAAGGUGUUUAUGUGAUGAUGAGCGGCUUAGACUUGGAGAGGCUGGUGCUUUCAUCAGGACCUAUUGGCAUCAUGCAGGCAGUUUUGGACUACGCCAUUCCCUACCUGCACGUCAGAGAAGCUUUCGGACAGAAGAUCGGACACUUUCAGCUGAUGCAAGGCAAGAUGGCUGACAUGUACACCAGGCUGAGCUCCUGUAGGCAGUAUGUGUACAACGUCGCCCGGGCCUGUGACAAAGGACACUUCAGUGGAAUGGACUGUGCUGGAGUGAUCCUGUAUUGUGCGGAAAACGCAACUCAGGUUGCUCUGGAUGGCAUUCAGUGUUUGGGUGGAAACGGCUACAUCAACGACUACCCCAUGGGCCGAUACUUGCGUGACGCUAAGCUGUAUGAAAUCGGCGCAGGCACAAGUGAAGUUCGCCGGCUCAUUAUCGGACGAGCCUUCAACGCCAUGUACAAAUGAACACAAGUGAGGAAUGGCAGUCUCUAAAAGACUGUACGAGUGGUUUGCCGUGGAUGAACACAGUUACUCACACCACCCAGGGCCUUACUAUAUGACAUGUUGCUGCUGUUUGAGAGAUGUUAUUGGAUCAUGACAAGGUCCAGAGUAGUUGUCACAACAGAUUUUAAUUGAUAUAUUUGUAUAACAUACAUGAAAUCAGUCAGAGUUGACAGUGAUGUGUUGGAAGGUGGCUGGUAAGAGACAAAUAAAAUGUUGAUUCUGGACCGUAUAACCACUGAAAUGCCAAUAAAAGCAGUAAAAUUAUAAGUAUUUAACCUUGUGAAAAUGUUGUAUGUUCAUUGUGUUAUAGUUUAUUGAGCCCCCUCGGCAGGUUGAACACUUGGUGUCUUUAACACUCCAAAAGUGCUGCUGCUUCUGUUUCUCCAUCAGUAAACCAUGUUGGUAUUUCAGGGUUAUAGGCAGGGUUGUGUAGCAUUAGAAAACAGUUUGUCCACUUUGGAAAGCAAACAUAUUCCACUGUUGUAAACUGUUUGUACAGUCCAACUGUAGAAACCCUCUGAAAGAUUUGUCUUCUAAUUGUAGAUGUACAGUGUGACAAUGUAUGAAAUAAUGUAGUUUUGUUUGCCAUGAAUAAAUAAAAUCUUUUUUUUAUGUCUUGA